CCGGCCGAUGGUCCUCACUGUCGACCCACUCGCGAUGCUCAUCGGCGUCCCAGACCUUUCGCCCUCUGUCUCAACUUGGCCCUCCUCCUCGACUGGCUUGAGAUUCCCGCCCUCCUCCCACCCAACGUCAGCUCGCUUCCGCCCCCGGCCCAGCUGCCCCUCGCCCUGAGCUUCUUGACCUUGACCUCGAACCUGUGCCUGUCCUCCGCACGCAUGAUGCACCCGCCCAUGUAGAGCCCGUUCUUCUCAAAGUGGACGGCCCUCUCGCUCAUGAAGUUUCGGUUCUUUGCGGCUUCCCUGGAGCAGUGUGCUCGCGCCGCCUCGUUGGCCGCCUCGGCCGAAUCUGCUCAGCUUUGCCGUUAGCCACACGAUCGUCCCCGGUGUCACGGCCAACCUGAUCCCGGUGGUCAUCCGAGCUGCCCUACAAUAAAACCCAGCACCGACUGGGGAGGACUGGGAGCCGUGUGCGUCUUGCGAUGUGUCAAAGUCCCGACGAAGGACGACGUAGGCUGUGGACAGGUCGACGUGGAAUAUGAAAUCCAUCACGGCAAGCAAUUCGUGCAAGACGUCCCGGACGUGUUUCUGCGACGGAGAUGGGUGGUUGCACGCAAGGCCGUCAGCCUCAGUCUCAACAGCAGAUAUCUCAUCGAAACCAGAAGAGCCGGCCAAGGGGGAGUACGGAGUCCCUGGUUUCGUUGACCAAAGAACCAGCGAUGUUGAGCUGCGACCACCGUGCAGGUUCUCGUGCGAGACAUGCAUCAAAGGAAGAGCAAUAGUGCUCGGGUGGCAGAGGCUACGAGUGCCUCAUCCGCCAUUAUGGGCACGGCACGAAUAGUUUGAUCCCGCACAUUUUACGCGUUGUAAACACAUCACCAUGGCCGCCCGAGGCUUAUCACUGUUUUGGUGUCCGAGCGGCGGUCGUCACACGGUAAGGUUUGCCUCAGGAUGCGGCCGUGUUGCUGGAGCACCCUCCAGCGCUGGGGCUUGCCUCGUGGCAACGCGAGGUUCUUGUGCUGAGCGCUUGGGUUUUACUGUUGACCUUGACGCCUGGGCAAGAAAACAGCAUUCUCUAAUAUAUUCGAAACGCACACUCGGUAUUCUCCAGGCGGCAUCAGGCCGCUCCAACCGGCUGUCUCACCGAACCACCCCCAGGGAGGCCAGGGCUCACCACAGCAACGUCAGACAAUAGGUCGAUAUGCACUAUAGCCCGGGUUUAAAGGCAGAGCGGGCAGGGGAGGUGGUAGGUCCAUAUGGCCUCAUCUAUAAUUAGUUGAGAUCAAUGUUCUCUGCUCAUGAUCACCCAGCUUACCGGGUAAUGACUGGUCUCCUUCAGUUGCCUCGGUCGGUCCACGGCCUAGGUGACUUCAGGACGGCGGUCGAGGAUGGUCACCUCGCAGGAGGUCGACGCCAAGCCGAUGUCUCGUAGAAAUCACGUCGGCGACGGGUCGAUCCGCAAUCGGGCGAGAUGAAAUUCCAAUCAUAGCUGCCGAAUGACCAGGCCCAGCUGCCCCAGGGUGGGUGUGCAGCAAGUUCACCCAAGCCAGUUGAAUUUGCUGUCAUCUCCUUCUCCACUGGCUCCGUGGCUCCUCCAGGGUACGUGCCUGUACUGUAUAAGCCAGCCGCAUGAUCCCUGCCACACGGCAGAGGCAAGGCUCAGUCGGCACACGUCGCCCCGACAGCCAGCCAUGCUGCUAUAAUACGUCGAGAAACGCAACCUUUCCAUGGCGUUUAAUGUCUCACUUUAACUUGGACGAAUCUUUAGAUCUGCUAUCUGCCAUAUCUGUCAAACUGCGUCACCUGGAUUUCAACUGCUUUCUUUACCUUUAUAUUUCCACUGCAGCCCAUCCAUGCUUUGUUAGUCACAAUUUGGAAGGCUCCUCUAGAUGACCAAAUCCUCUGCCGCCGUUGCAAUGGAGAGAGACAAGCCCUUACUUUCCAGUGAUGAAUCCAGCCACGACAAUUAUGGAACAACUGACUCUGUCCCAGAUCGCAGGCCAAAGAUGGCCGAUUACUUUAGGGUUUUCUCCUACGCCACAAAAUGGGAUUUCUGUGUAUACGCCGUGGCAUGUUUUGCUUCGAUAGCAGGUGGUGCGACGAUGCCUCUCAUGAACAUCGUAUUCGGCCAACUUGUUAAUCAAUUCACCAACUACUUUCGAGACCCAUCCAAUAUGCCACCAGGCGCCUUCGACAGCAUCUUGGACCGGCAGUCGUUGUACAUCACGGCGCUGUUCCUCGCUCGUUGGGCCCUGAACAGCAUCAACAAGUUCUGCUUCCAGAUGAUCGGGACCCGUAUUUCCUCAGAGGUCCGUCUACAUUACCUCGAGUCCCUCUUGGCUCAGCCCAUACAUGCCAUUGACUGCAUGCCCGCCGGCGGACCCGCGACCACCAUAACCGCAACGUCCACCACAUUGCAAAUCGGUAUAUCGGACAGGCUGGGGACAUUUCUGCAGUUCCUGAGUACAAUCUUGACGGCAUUCAUUGUAUCCUUCAUCUGGAGCUGGGACCUCACCUUGGUCAUGAUGUCCCUCAUUCUUUACACACUCAUUGUCGUUUCGGUAGCUAUGCCACGCAUCGUCGUCAACGAGACGGCAUCGGCCGAAGCCGAUAAGCAAGCCACCGCCAUCGCCAGUGAGGCGCUUGGUGGUAUUCGACUUAUAGUUGCUUGCGGAGCACAGUCGCGUAUCAUUGGCGGCCACCACAAGUGGGUGGAUGAGGCCAGGAAACGGGCCCAGAAGGCGGCCCCUUUCUUGGGUGUCCAAUUCGGUUUACUUUUCUUUGGCGUCUUCGGUGCAUUUGGCCUCGCAUUCUGGUACGGCACACAGCGAUUCAUGGCUGGCGCCCUGCGUGAUGCUGGAGUUGUUAUUGUCGUGCUUUUCAACAUCACACUCGUUUUGAGCUCUCUGGAGCGCAUUGUCACUCCACUCAUUGCCGUCAGCAAAGCGAUGAUUGCUGCUUGUGAGUUCUUCACCGUCAUCGACAUGCCAAAAUUCAGAAAUGGAUCGGAGACGCUGGACAGUACGUCGCAUGAUAUCAUUUUCGACAAUGUCACCUUCGCGUAUCCCAGUCGGCCAAAUUCUACAAUUCUCGACUCUCUGAGCCUUUGUAUCCGGGCUGGCCAGAACACCGCUCUUGUCGGCCCGUCCGGAUCGGGCAAGAGCACCAUCGUCGGCCUGUUGGAACGCUGGUACUCGCUUGGAGACCAACACGGCACCCACCAUGCGGCUGGACGAUCAUCAGAUUCCCACGCAUAUGUUCAAGAACCGAAGCAAGAUGAGAAUGUGGAACAUGAUGGGCCAAAGCAGGUCGACGGGGCCAAACCCAAGGCUUCAGGGGCGAUUGUUAUCGGUGGUUACAAUCUGGAAGAACUCGAUACGAAGUGGUGGCGAUCGCAAAUAGGAUUGGUUCAACAAGAACCAUUUCUCUUUAAUGAUACCAUUUAUGGAAACGUCGCCCAGGGUCUGAUUGGGAGCCAAUGGGAAAGUGAGCCCGUGGAAGAGAAGCGGCGGCUGGUGGAAGCAGCGUGUCACGAAGCAUUCGCCCACGAAUUUAUCAAUCGACUGCCGGAGGGCUACGACACCAAAGUAGGCGAUGGAGGUGCAAAGCUCUCAGGAGGCCAGAAGCAGCGCCUAGCCAUCGCCAGGAGCAUCAUAAAAAAACCAUCGAUUAUAAUCCUCGACGAAGCAACUAGUGCAAUUGAUGUGAGGAGCGAGAGGAUAGUCCAAGCUGCCCUAGACAAAGCAACACGACACCGUACGACCAUCACCAUUGCACAUCGCCUUUCCACGAUCAAAAAGGCCGACCGCAUCAUUGUUUUGCAAAAAGGACGCGCGGUCGAAGAGGGCACACACAACCAAUUGAUGAACUCCAAUGUGGGUGUCUACAGCGCCUUAGUUCGAGCUCAGUCGCUGGGGCUGUCGCCGACUCAAGUUUCCGACGAUGAAGGCCAAAACCUCGACAAAGAGCCAGAGCCGUGGCACGAUGAGGUACUCACGGAACAGAAACCAGAUUCAGUGAAGGUUCUUUUUGAAAACGGAGCCACAGAGAAAGCGGAAACAGUUACAAAACCGCGAAGUUUGAUUUCCAGUUUCGGAACUCUUCUGUACAAUCAGCAUUCACAAUGGCUGUACUACAUUGGCAUAGUCUUAUCUUCUAUGACAACCGCUGCCGGCACGCCAGUCCAAGCUUACCUAUUCUCCAAAGUCAUCAGCGUUUUCCUACUCACAGGCGACGACCUUGAACGGGAAAGCAGUUUUUGGGGCUUGGUGUGGCUCUUUCUUGCGGUCGGUGUCGGCCUUUCAUACCUGGCUGUAGGCUGGAUCGGCCUGCUUGUUCAACACAACAUCAGCGCCGAGUACAAAAAGCAGUACUUCGCCGAUAUGCUCUACCAGAAGCUAUCUUUCUUCGACCAGGAUGCCAACUCCCACGGGUCCCUGAGUGCGCGUGUUGGUAGCGAUGCCAAACGGCUGGAAGAGCUUCUCGGCAUGAAUAUGGCAUUGCUCCUCUCAGGAAUCUUCAUAGCUGUGGGCAGUGUUGCCAUUGCCCUCAUCUUCGCCUGGAAGCUGGGAUUAAUUGCGGCGUUCGUCACAAUGCCUGUCAUGCUGGGCUCCGGGUGGUGGAAGUUCAGACAAGAGGUGAACUACGAGAAGAGCAAUUCGGCCGUGUUCCAGGAGUCUUCGCAAUUCGCAACUGAGGCCCUCGGUGCUAUACGAACGGUCUCAUCUCUUACUAUGGAGGGCACGAUCGGCAACCGAUACCGGCAAUUAUUGGACGACCAAGUCAAUUCAGCCCUACGAAAGGGCCGCUGGACGUCUUUAUUGUAUGGGUUCGCCGACAGUAUUGGCCUUGGCUGUCAGGCUCUGAUAUUUUGGUAUGGUGGCAGGCGCCUUGCUACCGGUGAAUACAGCCUAGAAGCGUUCUUUGUCUGCUUCAUGGCGAUUGUCCAAGGCGCAGAGGCAGCAAGUCAGUCCCUUGCCGUCGCCCCGAACGCCUCUCAGGCCGCAGCAGCAGCGAACCGCAUACUUGACGUCCACGAGUCCGCGGCUGCUGACAGCUCCGGUGCCUCCGACAACCUGGGAAGGGCUUCUGUCAAGGGCAAUAGCAGCGAGGGAAUCGAGAUCGAAUUACAGGAUGUUUCUUUUAGGUACCCCACGCGAGACAUGCAAAUCUUCGACCACCUAAGCCUCAAGAUUGAGAAAGGCCAGUAUGCAGCGCUCGUCGGACCUUCAGGCUGCGGCAAAUCAACCAUAUUGGCUCUUCUGGAGAGGUUCUACGAGCUCGGACCUCAGCAAGGCUCAAUUUUGUUCAACGGAGACAACAUUGACAACUCAAACGUCUACAGAUACCGCAGGAACAUAUCGCUCGUGGCUCAAGAGCCAACCAUGUUUCGCGGCACUAUCCGCGACAACAUCCUCCUCGGGAUUGAGGACCCAGAGUCCAUCUCCGGAGAAAAGAUCAUAGAGGUCUGCCGUGACGCCUCUAUCCACGACUUCAUCAUCUCCCUCCCCGAGGGCUAUGAUACGAAAAUCGGCGCCCAGGGAAUCUCGCUGUCCGGCGGGCAGAAGCAGCGGAUCGCCGUGGCGCGGGCCCUCAUCCGGGACCCCUCGGUGCUCCUGCUGGACGAGGCGACGUCGGCGCUCGACUCGGAGUCGGAGAAGAUGGUGCAGGCUGCGUUGGAAAAAGCGCGCCACGGGCGCACCAUGAUCGCCGUGGCGCAUCGGUUGUCGACGAUUCAGAGCGCGGAUGUGAUAUUUGUGUUUGAGCAGGGGCGAGUGGUUGAGAAGGGGACACACGAUCAGUUGAUACAGAAGAGGGGGGUGUAUUGGGGAAUGUGCCAAGCUCAGGCGUUGGAUAUGUAGGGGUCCACAACAGAAGGCGAUGCUGUGAUGCACCAACAAUCGAAUGGCUAAAUAGGCAGCAUUCCGGAGGUCACAUAAUGUUGUACAGUCGAGCUCCAUGGUUUCUCAGGCGACAUAGUACAUAGAUAGAUUAUUA